AUGCAGUAUGGUCUCACUGUGGCUGGAGAAAUUGGAGGAGGCAGUGGAAUCAAUCAACUCAGUGACCCAACAGGCUUGUAUGUCGAUGAUGAUCAAACAAUCUAUGUCGCUGAUCAUUCUAAUCACCGUAUUGUGGAAUGGAAACGGGGUGCAACUAGUGGCCAAGUAAUUGCUGGUGCGACGGAACAAGGAAAUGACGCUUAUCAGUUGAAUACUCCCUACGAUGUGAUUCUCGACAAAGAGACAGGUAGUGUGAUCAUCUGUGAUAACGGGAAUUAUAGAGUUGUUCGAUGGCCUCGUCGAAAUGGUACUAGCGGGGAAACAAUCAUCUCGAACACCCGUUCUCGGGGUUUGACAAUGGAUCGGAAUGGAUCGCUCUAUGUCGUUGACGGUGCAAAAAACGAAGUGAGACGAUAUAGAAUGGGUGACACUGAAGGAACGGUGGUGGCAGGAGGUAAUGGAGCAGGAAGUCGUCUAGAUCAACUCAAUAAUGCCAGUCAUGUAUUUGUCGAUCGAGAUCACUCAGUAUAUGUGUCUGAUUCGGGAAAUAAUCGUGUGAUGAAAUGGGAAGAAGGUGCAAAAGGAGGCAUAGUUGUAGCAGGUGGCCUAGGAGAAGCAGAUAGCCUUUCACGACUGAUAGGUCCUCGAGGAAUAGUUGUCGAUCAAUUGGGCACUGUUUAUGUGGCUGAUUAUGGGAAUCAUCGAAUAAUGCGUUGGCCAAAACAAGAAACACACGGAAGUGUAAUUGCUGGUGGAAAUGGUCAAGGAGCACAGUCAAAUCAGUUAUACUAUCCCUAUGGUUUAUCAUUCGAUCGACACGGAAAUCUAUAUGUCGCCGAUACAUACAAUCAUCGAGUACAAAAAUUUUAUAUUGAAUAG